AUGAAGAGGAAGGAGAACGAUGAUGGUUUUGAGUAUCAAACCAUGGAUUUUGACUGGAAUAGUGGGCGUUAUGAAGAAAGGUCAGAAAUACCUAAGAAAGAAGCAGAAGGUCACAAAGAAGAGGUUCGGAAAGAGGUUGAAGAAGAGGUUAAAACCGAGACUCAAGCUGAAGAUAAAGAGGAUGAAGAGGCUGAAAAAGAGGGUGAAGUAGAGGUUGAAACCGAAGCUGGAGAAAAAGGGGCUGAGAAGGAAUCUGAGACCGAGGUUGAAGUUGAAACAGAGGCUCGGGUUGAGGUUGAAACUGAGGCUUGGGUUGAGGCUGAAGUUGGAGAAAAAGGGGCUGAGAAAGAAUCUGAGACCGAGGUUGAGGUUGAAACAGAGGCUCGGGUUGAUGUUGAAACCGAGGCUAGGGUUGAUGUUGAAACCGAGGCUCAGGUUGAUGUUGAAACCGAGGCUCGAGUUGAGGUUGAAACCAAGGCUCGAGUUGAGGUUGAAACCGAGGCUCGGGUUGGAGAAAAAGGGGCUGAGAAAGAACCCAAGGAUACUCCUACACCACCACGUGGUAGGAUUAAGGCCAAUGCUGCAUGGAAACCAGAAACUACAACACCUGAGAAGUGGGUAGCUGCGAAAAUUGCGGAGGCAGAACAUGAGAAAGUUGUGGAAGAAGAGAAAAAAGCGGAAGAGGCUGAGAAUGUGGCUGAGGAAGAGGCUGAGAAUGUGGAUGAGGAAGAGGCUGAGGAGGAAGAGCAAAACAAAUACACAGAGGAAGAGAAGCAAGGGUGGAUUCUUACAGUUUGCAAGAGCAAGGAUGCAAUUUCUGCUGUGGAGACAGAUGGAACUGAGGGAGCUCCUGCUCGUACUGGGGUGAAGCAUAGGCCUAAGGCAAUGGCGGUGAGGAAGCAUAGAUCGAGAAAAGCUGAUGAACCAAAGAAGUUCACAACACCACCUGUGACAAAGCGGACACGUGCACGAUCACAGUGGGUUUUCACUCCUUUCACUGAAGCUAAUACCGAUGAGAUUGAAAGGCGGCAAGAAGAAUCCCAAAACCAAGGAUUAGAAGACAUUAGGAUUUGUGUUGUAUGA